AUGUUCAUAACAUCAUCACAGAUACCAAACAAUAAAUCAGACCAUAAUGCCACUAAACGUCCAACACAAUGGAAAACUAUUACAUUAGAUUUUGAAUUCACAAUAAAAAAUCGAAAUGUUUUCAGUCAGAAUGAAUGUUUUUCCAAAUCAAAUUGUACAUUUACACAAGAUAGUUGCAGACAUGGACGUAAAAAUGUCAUAGAUUUAUCUACAUUAUCCUCAAAACGUUUUUUAUUUGAUGACGGUAAGUGUAUUAUAGAAUUAGGGUUACGUAACCCACAUAUAUGCAUAAAACUACAAGCAAACCAAGUUGAAGAUCCCACAAACCAUAUGUUACUUAAAAAAGACAGAAAAAGAACUCAUAAUAAUGGUUCUGUUGUGUUAAGACGAAUGGAUAAUGAAACAAUCACAUUUCCAGAUACCAUUCAUUUUGAAACUGAUAACUUUUCAUAUGCUGGUGAUACAUGGGUUCUUACUAUUGACAUUGAACCAUAUCGUGACUUACUGAGAAAUUUAACUUUUGACAGUGAUAAUAAUCAUGAUGUAUGUGCAGAUGUGGAAAUAUGCUUGACAAAAAAGUCAGAGCAUAAGACAGAUAAUUACACAUAUUAUAAUGCUGAGAAACCACUUGGAACACAGUGGACACGACUACUGUGUAAUGCCUAUUUACCAGGUGAAUGUCAUACCGGGUUGAUGCAGUUUUUAAUAGGAUCACAAGGAUGGCCAUUGAAAGCACAUUGUUGCAAGUUUGAUGAACGAACAAAUGACGUAAAACAACAACAGCUAAAACAAGGAGAAAAAAGCCAAACUAAUAUUUUGAAAUUUAAUUCGUGUGAAUACUUGGAAAAAGGUAAAACACGUACUCAUCAAUCAGCAGUUGCUUUUCUUUUAAGCACAGUUUCAUCAAAAUUCUGUAUCACAUUAGAAAUGAUAUUUUAUGAACGAUUAACGGUGGUUAAUUUUCCUAUGAAUAAUCUUGACAAUUUUAAUCAUGUUGACAGUUGUCUAAUUAUGGAUCCAUUUUCGCUUCCAUGGAGGCUGUUUCUGAAUAGAUCAUCACGUUUAGUGAGAGUAGGACUAGUUCCGGAGCAGAAACCAGAUUUGGAACAUGAACCAGAAUAUCUGAAAAGCAGUAAAGAAUCAUCAAAAAUACAAAGCAAACAAUCUCAUUCAGAAAGGAGCACUAUACCAAGCGGUUAUCUAUAUCUCUUCGGUUGUAAGCUUCGUAUUCAAGGUUAUCAAUCAAACGAAACCAAUACUCGUGUUAUUGAACCAGUUGGAAAGGAAAUUUUACAAAUCGCGUGCAAAAAAUCGGAUUUCUAUAACGAAUCGCUGUUAUCUAACCGACUUCGACAUUCUGGAAUAAACGUUCCGCAAAAUAAUUUGAAUAUUCUUUUAAUUAAAAAUUUACCGAAAUAUUUACUCAAAAAUAAUGGUGCUGAACUAUUGCAAAGUUUGUGUAAUACUAGUGUUAUGGACAUAAAUAGUAAAAUAUCUAAACGUUUGUUGAAGAAAGCUAGUCAAAUUAGUAGCGUACAGGUGGCCAUGGAAAUAACAUGUCAAGAAUUAACUGGGUCAAAUAUGGGAAUAUUAAAUCCUAAAACAGGUACUAUUACAAUUGAAAUUCAGUGGUUGUAUAGACAUCAAAUAUACAUCGAUACACUUUAUCAAACAGAUGAAAUUGGUGCCCGCCAAUACCAUCAAAUGAGAAAUGAACUAAUAAGAAUCACUAAAGAAAAGGAUGAGUUAGAAAGACAGCUUAUGGGGUACCGAAUGGGUCUAGUUCAAAUUGAUUCGCGUUCUCAUGGUCCAAAAAGCAUGCUUCCUUUGGAGUUCAUUCCUGGUCUGGUUGGUCAUUCCACAACAACUACUGUACCAUCAGGUGAAGACUGGCAUAACUCCAGUUGUUAUAGUGAAAAAGCUGUGUUACAGCAACCAUGUUACAGAAUGAACAAUACUGUGUCUAGCUUGAAAUAUGAAUGUAAUAAUCAACAUACAAAAUCACAUGCAACAUCUUCGCCAUCAAACUAUUCUUCAGAUAAAUUGAAAGCAUGCAAACCGUAUGGUUUAUUAUCAACAUGCCAUAUAGAGAACAAUAUGAGCCAUAGUUUGCUAGACUAUGAGUCUUCAGAUGAAUCAGCCCCAAGGUCAUCAUAUCCUAUUUAUCGACCAACCUCAAAGCAACCUAUGAGUUCCAAGUGUGGACUAUCAGAGAAAAGAAAACAGUUCAUAUAUUCAAAAGGUAGCUGGAAAACAUGUGAAACAGUUAAGUAUUGCCCUGAUUCUGACAUUAAUUCAGUACACUCACGCAGAUUUAACGCAAGGAAACCAAGCCUAAAUAAAUAUUGUAGUCAAGGUUUUGUAGAGGCAAAUUUUAGCCCUCUUUAUACAUCAGAAUCAUCGACAUCAAAUGUAUUUAACUCACGUAGUGAAGAUGAAUUUUCUUUUAUAUUUUGA